AUGGGGCAAUCAGUUUACUCCCCUUCAGUUCCAGAUUUGAAUGAAGCUGAUGAAGUAAUGCAGGAGGCGCAUCAAUCGGUGGGACUCAACCUUAACCAGCCGGCGCAAGAUUUUCUGGCGAAAUUCAAUAACCAGGUGGAACCUUCUCGAUCUCAGGCACCGACUCUGAACAAAAGAAUCGUGUCAAACACCAGGUUUGACUGUUAUGUCAGCCAGGGGCAUGCAAAGGCAGUGACAGGUGUCUGGGUGGACCAACAACUCAUGCAAACGGUAGUUGAAGGAAAUUUGAAUUUGCCUUCUAUUCAGAAGGCGAGUUCUCAUCAGGAAGAUUCCAAUUCUCCUCCAAGUGAACAGGGGAGAGCAGCUGUACUUGGCACCAGCCAAGUCAAUAUUGGUCAUGGCGGGGUUAGUCAAACAGAAAUUCCGUCGGAUAGGCCCAUCGAUGUCACUUCUAUGCUAGGAUCAGAUAGUGGCACCACUGGUCAGAAUGCUUACAACCCAGGCCAAAGUGCAGAUUUUGUUGGUUUCGAUGACGCUAUUAUAAGGCUCAAUGGUUCUCAGUAUCCCUCUGUAAUUAGCGUUAGUAAUCAUGAUAUUAGUCAAUCUGAGGGAGAUAACCAUAAUGGUUUUCGUCAAGAACUCAGGGGUGAUUCGAUAGAGGAGGCUGCUUUCUUCCAUAAUCAAUCUUCUCAUAUUCUUACUAACCCUUUGUAUUCAGAUAUCCUCAACGUCCCUUACGCCUAUGAUUCUUCUGGUAAGAGUUCUCCAACCAAAGUUGUGGAGAAUGUGGGAAAUUUAUCUCUGCGGCAUGCUCAGCAGGACUUUCCAGGGAUUAAUACUCCAUCCAGCGUUCAGAGAGAUGAGGAGUCCUCUCAGGAAAUCCAUAAGAGACGGAACAAGCCAGUGGUAAUCAGAGAUACAAGGGUUGGCAAAGGCAAGCAACUUACUACUCUUGUGGAAGCUAUGGGUCCUAAACAGGUUUUACAAUCCAAGAGGAAAUUAAUUCAUAUUGGGGAGGAGGCUAGUGUCUCAAAGGGCUCGACGGUAGUGAAGAAUUCUAAUAAAAGACAGAAACUCAUGGGUUCAAAAAAGCUUGUAUCACCAAGUCAAGUGUUAUUUGCAGUAGCUUCUUUGGUGAAAAAGCUUCAAGAAUUAGUAGAUGAAAUGGAAUCGGCUGGUUUGCUGGAACUUGGUGAACAAAACAUGUUAGGCAGCCGCACCAACACCUAUGCAACAUUAGAAAACAAUCAUCAAGAAGGAUUUCCGAUGGUUGAACCAAAUCAAUCACCCAGGGAAAUGUUGCUCAAGAAUGAUGUAAUAGAUAGAUGGGCAGAAGGUACUGUAUUUGUGACUGGGUUAUUUAGUCUUCUGCUAAUGGCUGAUCAAAGAUCCUCAGUUUGGAAUGAAAUAAAAACAAUACUUUCGGCGUACAGGCUCCCUUGGAUUGUUCUUGGUGACUUCAACCAGAUUCUUAGUCCUGUUGACAAGCUUGGUGGAAAUCGAGUUUCUGUUUUUUCAAACAUAUUGGGGGAGCUGCUACUUCAAUUCAAGAUGAAUGAAUUACCCUACACAGGUAACCACUAUACCUGGACAAAUAAAAAGAAGGGUGUUGAUAGGAUAGUAGAACGGUUUGAUUGGGCAUUUGCAACAGAGGACUGGUUAGGACACUUCACCCAGGCUAGUGUGAUAAAUCUGCCAAUAGCAGUAUCUAAUCACGAUCCUAUUGUUCUUCAUUUAUUUGGUCAGAACAGAAUGACACAGAGGAAACCUUUACGAUUUGAAAAAUUUUGGGCCAGCAUUGAUGUGGCUGAAAACAUAGUGGGGAAAGUUUGGGAAGAGCAAGAAAAUGAGCCUAAUGUUCUUUCUGACCAUUUGUCAAACAAGCUUGUUAUCGGCCUUAGACAUCUCUUAAAUUGGAAUGCUAUGUCUUUUGGAGUUCUGGACAAGGAAGUGAAAAAGUAUUUAAACAGGUUGGCGACUCUUCAAAAGAAUGAUGACAUAGUGAGAAUGAAACGCUGUUGGGCAACAAGGAGAAAGUGUCGUAAUUGGAUAAGUGGCCUGAAGGAUAACACCGGAAACUGGGAACAGGAUCAGACAGAGAUUCAAAAUCUAAUGCUCAAUCACUUCAAACAAGUGUCCCUUGAAAUGGACACCAACGUUUCUGAGCUAGAAAAGGAUUCCGAUGUAGCGUAUGCUUCGACAGUAAACAAUUUAAGUGGAUGGUUUGGCGCAGCUAAUAAUCCUCUUCCUACGAACCUGGCUUUGCAUAAAAGGGGCAUACCGGUGGACACUCUUUGGCCUCGUUGUCAAAAGGAGGAGAAGUCAGUGAAGCAUCUUUUGUUUAACUGCCACAGUUCUCAAAUCAUCUGGAAAAGUUCUAUUUUUGGAUUUGACUUCAGUGGAAAUUCGUCGACUUCUGUGUGUGAAUGGCUGGACAAUUGGCUUAUAGAGUCACCAGAAAAGAGUCUGAUCCAAGCCUCAUUCUUUAUCUUCUGGGCGAUUUGGAUUGCCAGAAAUGAUAAAGUGUGGAAUGGAGUCGACCAGCAUCCUUUGCAGGCUCUGGAGUGGGCUAUGAAAGAAUCACAAUUCUUUAAUCGAUGCCAUCAGUGGCGACCAGUAGAAAAUUCUGUACAGGAAGAGGAUCGGGGUGUUCUAGUCUUAUCGGAAGCUCCAAGUAUUCCAAACUUCGUACUUAGGGAGGACGGAGCAUUCUGUAUAGAUCUGAAUUUUUCUACUGCUGCUUGGGAAAUCCUGGAUGCAACUGGAAGAUUGUUAAAAUAUGGCUCAUUUUGUUUUUAUUCUUCUUCACCAGAAUAUUCAGAAGCAAUGGCAUGUAUUGCAGUUUUGAAGGAAACACAUCAGAUGGGUCUGUCCAAUUGCCAGUUUCAAUCAGACAGCAAAAUAUUGGUGGAAUCUGUUUCAAAGAGAUCAAAGUUCCCUCAUCAUCUCCAAAGCAUCGGUCAGGACAUUAUGCACUUAAUAGAUUGUAUUCCGAAUAUUAAUUGUGUGAAAGUCAGUAUGUGUAGAAAAUACUGA